AUGGCAGCAACACCGGGAACAGAGCAAGGAGCAAACAAAGAAAAGCUUUCAGAUGUCCUGCAGAGAGAUUGCUUGCAGGAUGAGCACGACGAGGCAGCCCAGCAGCAGGCCAAGAGUUGGAGACACUUCACUGACAAGAUUGUGCAACUCCGUUUUUGCAUGAGAUCACUGGCGAAGAAGAUUGCAACCAAGUUUCAGAGAGUUCACAGCCAGGUCUGCGCGGAAUGUAGGUGUGAGAACCAGCAGGUGCCGCAGCCGAGAUUCAUAUUCCGUGUUGUGGAAUCCACGAAGUCCGCGAGCAUGCGGGUGUUCUCGAGAAACAGUAGCAGUGGCGCCGGGGAUUCCUCGAGAACUGUCAGGCUUGCAACGAUGAACGUCGCAAUGUUCUCGUUAGCUUCUGCUGUUCCAGGCAACGUUUCGUGCACUCUUUUGAAUCAUGCAACGUUGGAAGGAUACUCCAGCAUGGAUUGCUACAAUCCCACAUUUGGAUCUUGCCCAACGCCGCCGCUUGGUGCGCUCUUGCUGGAACCGAUCAGUCCGCCAGCAGACCAAGUCGAAGCCGAGGCGAUUGCAACCGUUUUCGCGCACCACCACCGCUCGAAGGUGAAUCCGGCCUUCAGCCCAAACCCGUUCUACAGCUUCCACUCGAGCCCCUGCAUCGAGCUGGGCACCCCGCUCUUCGCGAAGAGCUUCCACAAGGCCUCGGUGUUUGAAGUGCUGAGAGACUCCAAGGCGGACUUGAUAGCGCUCCAGGAAGUCCGGGCCGAGGAGGAGAAAGGCAUGUCGCCGCUGACGGACCUGGCCGAAGCACUGGGCAUGCACUACGCUUACGCGGAGAGCUGGGCGCCGGAGUUUGGAAACGCGAUACUUUCCCGGUGGCCCAUCAAGAGUACGAGCGUCAAGAGGAUAUACAACUCUUCGGACUACAGGAACUUGCUCAAAGUGGUGGUGGACGUGCCAUCGUUUGGAGAGGUUUGCUACUGCUGCACUCACCUCGACCAUCUGGACGAGGACUGGAGGAUCAAACAGGUCUCGGCCAUACUGGAGGACACGAAAAAGGUGCCGCAUUUUCUAGCCGGCGACCUUAACUCUCUCAACCGGCCAGACUACUCCCAGGAGCGCUGGGCCGAGAUAGCCAAGGCAAGCUCUUUCUUCCAAGCUUGCCAGCUGCGAGCGGAGAACAGGAAAAUGGCUCCCAGGUCUGAUGUUAUGGAGAGAUUGCUGGUCGAGAAAGGUUACAUGGAUUCUUGCGCGGUGGCCUCUCCGGAAAUUCCAGCACUGGUUCGCGGCCAAGAGAUUCAAGGGACUUGCAAGCACAACACGCGGAUCGACUAUAUACUCGCGUCACCACAUCUUCAGUACAGAUUUAUCCCGGGCUCAUACAAAGUGGUGUCCUCUAGAGGUACCUCAGAUCACCACCUUGUCACUGUUGACAUUGGGUGGUCGUAAGGA